AUCGGAGUGGUUCACCGCGGAUUCAAAGGUUUCUUCUUUGCUCUGUCUGCUCUCUUCUUCCUCGGGGUGGUGCAGAGUGUUUAAUGCGACAGUUCAUCACAGUGAUUGCGGGUGCGCGUUCGGGUACUCUCUGUCGUGUCUCUAUUGGAGGAAAUAAAACAAUAUAACAACGAUUUUCAGCGCGACGCAAUCGCUCAUUCGAAGUUGCGCGUCGGGAUCGAGUGGACGUUCGGGUCUUUUUUGUUUGUUGAGUUGCCGCACAGAAGAGGGGUUGCAAAAUUUGCUCUCUUUUUCCGAGGAAAUUAUUUUUAAAAGGUUCAAGGUUACUGGUUUUGGGGGAGUGGCCCGGAUAAACGGUUCUGAAGUUUAUUUUUAUCAAAUUUGGGUUGGAUGACAAUUCGUGCAACCGAACUGAAGUAGUUGAGCCACCCAGAGAGAAAAGUUUUCGAAAUUUUAAUGAAAAAAUAACCACACCACAAAGUGCAGCAAAACUCGGUACAAAAACGUAAAAUCACGCGUGUAUGUCUCUCAUUGACCAACAUAUAUUUUGGCUCCCCCCGUUAUGUUGUUGAUCUUCAUAUUUUUUUCUCCUCGUGUUGUGUUGUGAGCUUGACCGCCUUCAUCAUUUCAUUUCGUGUGGAUCAGAGUCCGUCGUCCGUCAAGCCCCAGACACACCGAGAAACUUGAAGCUGUGCUCUGCGCCUGGCCUGAGCUGUGUGUUGUCUUGUCGGCUUGGUGAAGUGAUAAUAAAUGUUACGCAACAAAAUAAGCCAAAUUUCAGUCGGCUGGCAAAAUUGGCUGCAGAAGUAAUCGAAGGCAGCCACAGCUGAAGAACAACGCGCAAGAAGAGAUCGAAGCCGAAGAAAAGCUAAAGAAGAAGCCAAAGGCUCGCACAGCAAGUAAGGCAACAUUACUCAAUGAAACCUGAGCCUGUUCCGGCUGCCCAGAGUUCGAAUUCAAGUUCGGCGAUCGGCAAGUGAUCUUUAUCGCAGGGGUAGUAGUAUCUUGUCAUCGAUCGAUUUUUUUGUUAUUAUUUUUCUUGUUGUUUUUUACUGUCCAACUGGCGUCCGGCAGAAAUGUGCAAUCGUUAUCGUGUGUUUUAAGAGAGCAGUGAUUCAUCUCAGCGCGCUUCAUUGUGUCAGUAGGUGAAUUGAGCAAAAGUAGGUGAACGAUCUUUUGCUCGAAGGCCAAGUUAUCGAUCGAAAACCGAAAAAAAGUGUCCAUCUUGUUCUGGAACGAACAGAAAAAAAAGCAAAAUGUCCCCUCGAGUCCUGCUUCUUGCCUUAGCCCUAUUCCUAGUUCCGAUUCUUGGAACCGUGGCAGGAUCUCGAUCACUUAAUGCCACAACCAAUAGCGGUAAAGUUCAUCAUCGGCAGCAGCUUCGCAAUGAAACCUGUCCGGGAAAGUUCUGUAACGUGGCCGAUCGUGCCACAGAAACCGAUCGGCUGAUCGUCGGAUCGAAUCGGGCCCUUCGACAGCAGGAAAUCCUUCGGCACACUUCGGUCGUGUAUGGGCUGAUCUCGAUGGCCGAACCGGAAGAACUGUCGCAGCGAUGCUACGAUCAGAUGCAGCAGAUCUAUGAGGGCAUCCAGCAGAAGGAGAUUUGGGCGAUGAAGAUUCUCGACGCAUCCGGGACCCCGGAGCCGGGUUUUAUGUGGGGCCACAACCACUGGAUCGGUUCCGAGAAGGGCUGCGAAUCGGCCCGGUCGCCCCUCUCGAUAACCCGCUCGGAUCGAUACCAGCGGCACAUGAAUCCGAACCUAAUCGCGGCAUUAGCCCCGUUCGAAGUGGACUUCCGGAUAGUCCAUGCCCGGCACCAGUCCGCGUGGCAGGUCGAGAUGAAGUUCAUGAGCGAGAACAUUCUGCACAUUGGAUUGUGCGUCCCGAGAUCCUGUUCCAACGGGGAACUGCACAAUCUGACCGCGCGGUACUUUGACGAGGGCGUCAUCCAGGCUCAGGAUAUCUUCGAGUUCAAACCUGAUGUGCUGCAGGUGAAGGACAUGCAGCUGCCGGACCAUUUCUGGACCAAGCCAAGUGUUUUUAUCAUUGGAAUUUCCUUUAUUGUGACUGGGUUGAUGGUUCUGCUAGCCUACAACCGGGAUCAGAAGGAGUUGGAAUACGAACGUUCUUGUAAAAAUUUGAACUGCCCGAAGCAACCAACGACCACGAAUGGAGUCAAUCCGGGCACCUACUCGUUGGCACCGAAACAUACCGAAGCAACGACAGCCAAUGGAGCAGUAGCUCCGAACGACGACGAACGAAUGAAGGAAACUCCAGCCAAUACCCCGGCAUCGGCACCGGUGACAAAAAAUGGUGCCGCCCCAAGGCCAACUUCUUUCGCCGCCAAGGUCAUCGACAGCUUCAACGUGCGCAAAAAUCUGAUCGCCGUCUUCGAAACUGACAUUGGCCCACAGUCGCUGCCGGUGAUCUGCGGAAUCAAGUCCAUCUGCUGCUUUCUGAUCCUCUGCUUCCACAUGCAGUGGUACACUUUUUUCACCAUCAACAAUUCCGGGGUCAUGUUUCACUACGCGGAGCAGAUUCGCUACCAGCUGGUUACAAAUGCGCCGCUUCUGGUCGAUGGCUUUUUCGCGAUCAGCGGCUUUCUGGUGACGUACAACUUCAUCCGCAACCGGGGAAAGCUGGACGAGAUCAGGGCCAACGGUAUCUGGGCCAAUGCCAAGAUGUACUGGAAGAUGGUGCUGCACCGAUAUCUGAGGUAA